GCCGGCACCGGGGCGAUGGCGGGGCCGGGGCCGGUGCUGGCGGCGGCGGGGCUGUGGGCGCGGGGGGCGGCGGGCGGGGAGGUGGUGGCGGCGCGUCCCGGGGCGCUGGAGGAGGAGAUCGUGUCGGAGAAGGCGGCGGAGGAGAGCCACCGGCAGGACAGCGCCAACCUGCUCGUCUUCAUCCUGCUGCUCACCCUCACCAUCCUCACCAUCUGGCUCUUCAAGCACCGCCGCGCCCGCUUCCUCCACGAGACCGGCCUCGCCAUGAUCUACGGGGUCCUGGUCGGUGUGGUCCUGCGCUACGGCAUCCACGUACCCAGCGACGUCAACAACGUGACGCUGAGCUGCCAAGUGCAGACCAGUCCUGCCACGCUGCUGGUGAACGUCAGCGGAAAGUACUACGAGUACACCCUGAAGGGGGAAAUCAGCGCCCAAGAGCUCAAUAACGUUCAGGAUAAUGAGAUGCUGAGAAAGGUGACUUUUGAUCCUGAAGUAUUUUUCAACAUUUUGCUUCCUCCAAUUAUAUUUUAUGCAGGCUACAGCUUGAAAAGGAGGCACUUCUUCAGAAACUUGGGAUCCAUCCUAGCAUACGCUUUUCUUGGCACUGCAAUUUCCUGCCUGGUGAUCGGCUCUGUUGUGUAUGGCUGUGUGGCGCUGAUGAAAGUCACUGGGCAGCUUGGGGGAGACUUCUACUUCACUGACUGCCUCCUGUUUGGUGCCAUCGUAUCGGCUACUGACCCAGUGACUGUUCUUGCCAUAUUCCAUGAACUCCAGGUUGAUGUUGAGCUGUAUGCCCUUCUCUUUGGCGAAAGCGUCCUCAAUGAUGCCGUUGCCAUAGUGCUGUCUUCUUCAAUUGUUGCGUACCAGCCGGCGGGUGACAACAGCCACACGUUUGAUGUCACAGCGAUGUUCAAGUCCAUCGGGAUCUUCCUGGGGAUAUUCAGUGGAUCUUUUGCAAUGGGAGCAGCUACUGGAGUUGUGACAGCUUUAGUCACCAAGUUCACCAAACUUCGGGAGUUCCCGUUGCUGGAGACCGGCUUGUUCUUCUUGAUGUCCUGGAGCACGUUCCUGCUGGCUGAAGCGUGUGGAUUUACAGGUGUGGUGGCCGUACUCUUCUGCGGGAUCACGCAGGCCCAUUAUACCUAUAACAACUUAUCUACAGAGUCCCAACACAGAACUAAGCAGUUAUUUGAGCUUCUGAAUUUCUUGGCAGAAAACUUCAUCUUCUCCUACAUGGGACUUGCACUGUUCACCUUCCAGAACCACGUCUUUAACCCUACCUUCGUGGUGGGGGCUUUCCUUGCUAUCUUCCUAGGAAGAGCUGCCAAUAUUUACCCACUGUCAUUUUUACUGAAUUUGGGGAGAAGAAAUAAGAUUGGAACGAAUUUACAGCAUAUGAUGAUGUUUGCUGGGCUGCGAGGAGCCAUGGCGUUCGCCUUGGCCAUCCGUGACACGGCCACCUACGCCCGGCAGAUGAUGUUCAGCACGACUCUCCUCAUCGUCUUCUUUACAGUGUGGGUUUUCGGCGGGGGGACCACGGCCAUGCUGUCCUGCCUGAAUAUCCGAGUCGGUGUGGAUGCGGAUCAGGAGAACGUGGGCGUCCCGGAGAGCGAGAGGAGGAGUACGAAGGCAGAAAGUGCCUGGCUUUUCCGCAUGUGGUACAACUUCGAUCACAACUAUCUAAAGCCUCUGCUGACACACAGCGGUCCUCCUCUAACGACCACGCUCCCGGGAUGCUGUGGGCCUAUUGCCCGGUGCCUGACGAGUCCACAGGCGUAUGAAAAUCAAGAGCAGCUGAAGGACGAUGACUCUGACCUCAUUCUGAACGACGGGGACAUCAGUCUGACCUAUGGUGAUUCCACCGUCAACACCGACUCCGUCGCAUCCAGUGGCACGUCGCGGCGGUUUGUGGGAAACAGCUCUGAAGACGCGCUCGAUCGGGAGCUUGCUUUUGGGGACCAUGAACUUGUAAUCCGGGGAACGCGCCUGGUCCUUCCCAUGGAUGAUUCGGAGCCACCGUCAAACGUCCUGGAUAACGCAAGACACGGUCCAGCAUAAGGUCGCUCAGUUUAAUUGACAGUAAUAUUUGCAUAUAUGAUCAAGAAAUAUGUACUACCUAAAGUCUAAUGCAUGUCUCAAAAUGUCUAAGCUGUAUAAAUAUUAUUUAUAUGGUGUCAGAAGAAUAUAAAUAUUCUCUGCCAAGCACUUGUAAAGAACAAGCUGCAAAUUUAAGUUAAAAACUGUGUUGACUGCACUGUGUAGGGUGGAACUGUUUUAGCAUAAGAGUCUUUUGCACACAGUGAGCUUCUUUAAUGUGUGAUUUGAUGAAGGGUUUCGUUCCCAGCAGGUUAGGUAAAGGAGCUGACUCCCUGUUCAUCCUUUGAGCCUGGGAGAGGAGGGUAGGGAGGUGCUGGCGAGCAGUGGAAAUCGCUUUCUAUUCAGAUGAGGAUUGUUGUUUUAUUUUUUUUGGUCUUUGGAGAGUCACGUUUGAAAUAUCAGCGAAAAAUCUGCCCACAGACCCUCUCGCCGGGCAGCGGCUGGUGAUAAACUUUGUUCGCUUUGUGGGAACCUGAGCUGGGACCUGGAGACUUUCUGCUUUUUGGUGACCCUCUGCCCAAGCCCUGCUUUAGCAGGCUAACGGCAGGCACCAGCCAAAGCUGGUCCAUAGCAAGGACUGUGGGUGUCUGGCUGCUCAGGUGGGAGCCGGAGGGAGGGAUGGUUUGUGUCUGUAGUCAUGUUUAGGAGAAGGAGGUGAUCCCAAAGAAACUACACCAGGCAUGCAUAGAUUUUAGUGCUGAGUCCGUCUUUCAGCCGUGGCUCAAGCAGCUUUCUAGAACCAGCCAUCAAAUCCUCAAUUGGCAACUAAAUUUCACGUUUGGGAAGCGACCGCGUCUUUGUGCGAGCGAAUCCCUUCUCCUGCAGUCACGGAAAUAACAGAGAUGUGCAGAGCUACCACAGUUGCACACGGGGCCGUGGAGUUCGGCCAACCUCGAACACAAGCUUUAUGGCUACAGAUUGACGCGGUACCUCUGGACCUCUCCAGAGGUGUUGAGCAUCUAGGUGGUACUGAAGGGGAGUUGUCCGUCCGUCCGUCCUCCUGUAUAGUCAAAAAUCAUUGCACUUUGUUUAAUAACUCCUUAGCAUGCUGUGUUUCUGUAAUCCCCACCCAAUCUCUCUCGUGUCUCUUACCAUUUAAUGACAAAUGUUUGCGAGUUGAUUUUUUUGUUGUUGUUGGGUUUUUAAAUUUUUAUUUUCCAAGGAAGAGCACAGAACAAUUUGCGAUUUCACACGAGUGUUAAAGGAUUUACUCUGUAAUUAUGGGAAUGGCUAAAGGGGCAGUGAAAUUGUUAACCCUGACAUCCUUCUUUUUCUCCUGAAAAGGGGGAAUCACAGAAAUUUACUGUAUGUAACUUUAUUGUCUAUUUUAGCUGCAGUUUUGCUAUACAAACCUUUCCAGGUUACCAGUGCGCUACAGGCCCAUUCUGGAGUUAACCCUCUCCAGAGGGCUUAAACAGAGGUGUUUAAACAGAGGUUUUUAAAAGAGAAUAUAUGAAAAAGAGCCGUGUGAGUCCGAGCACUCGCAGCUCCCAUUAGCUUUCCUUGGAACAAACUCUGCAUCUCUCGGGAUCCGACCUGAGGCCUCGGAGCAGUGUCCCCAUGGCUGUUUUCCCCAGCACCACCUGAGACUUGGAGGAGACAGGAAAUACUGAGAUUUUGAGUGUAUAUGUAUAGUUGAGAAAAUAAAUUUACA